CAUCAUUGUAAAUAACUCUUGACCUCUGCUUAGGUUGUUGGAACCUUCAUAGCUGGCAUCGUGUACUUGGGCACAGCAUGGUGGCUAAUGGAAACCAUCCCUGACAUCUGCGAGGAUUCUUCCUCUGUGUGGACCUGCCCCAGCGAUACAGUGUUUUACGAUGCUUCCGUUAUCUGGGGUUUGAUCGGUCCUCGCAGAAUCUUUGGAGACUUGGGAACUUACGAGGCAGUCAACUGGUUCUUCCUCGCCGGAGCGGUGGCUCCCAUUCUGGUCUGGUUUGCGGCCAAGGCUUUCCCACAGCAAGAGUGGAUUAGGCUCAUAAACAUGCCGGUAUUGAUCGGCGCCACCGGAUAUAUGCCGCCGGCCACUGCCGUUAACUACACUACUUGGAUAAUUGCUGGGUUUCUCUCUGGUUUCGUUGUGUAUAGGUAUAGGCCGGAUUGGUGGAGGCGUAACAAUUAUGUUCUUUCUGGGGCGCUUGAUGCUGGCCUUGCCUUUAUGGGGGUACUUCUGUACUUUUGCUUGGGUUUGGAGGAUAUUAGCCUCAGUUGGUGGGGAAAUGACCUUGAUGGCUGUCCGGUGGCUUACUGCCCAACGGCCAAAGGAGUUGUGGUUGACGGCUGUCCGGUUGUCUACUGAUCAACAGCCCGUAAAAGAAAUCGAUUGUUAGUAGGAAAAGGUUACGGCUACUACAAUUUUUAUUUUAUUGCAACAUUUAUAAACUCACUUCAAAGUUCGUGAAAGUAUGGAACUGUCAGGUCAAUUUAUCAUUGUUAUUAAUGCAUGUAACAAUGUCAAAGUUAGAA